AUGUCUUCAAGCAAGAUCCCCGCGCCUGAGAACUUGCCACCUCCGCCUCCAGCCCGCAUCGCCUCAGGUGGACUAUCUUCAGUCCCUCACUCCUUCCCUCCGGCAGCACAGACGACGCAGGGCGCAGGUCUGCAGAAGGAGGAUUGUGUGCAGAGGUGUGGGUGCUCUUGGGAGAGGCGGCCCGGACACCUCUGCAGUGAGGAUGGGUUGACGGGGGGGUUGGCGCUCUUGGGAGAGGCUGCCUGCCCAGGAGGUGAAAUCGGGCCGCUCUUGACUCUACGACCUGUGGAAGAAGCUCGCACUGCCCCAAGGGAAAUCCAGCACGUACAAGCGCAGAUCCUCACAGGGGGACCCUCCUCUGUUGGUGCGAUGGGCUCCGUGCUCCCAGGCUCCAGUCUUGCGCUCAAAGCCGCAUUCAAGCCGCAGGCCGCGGUGGCGCUGUCCCUCGCUGACAUCAUCACGUCAGACGUGCUGCACAGCUUCCUGUACGGCCGCUGGAGGCACGUGCUGGGCGAACACACGCACGAGGAACACGCGCACGCGAGCGCCAGCCCCAAGACUGCGUUCACGGCGGAGGUCCUGGCGCAGUCCUUCUCCGGAGAGGUGCAGAAACUGUCCAGCCUGGUGCUCCCCAGUGAGGUCAUCAUCGCACAGAGCUCCGUCCCCGGUGAAGGUCUGGGGAUCUUCUCCAAGACAUGGAUUAAAGCCGGGACUGAGAUGGGCCCGUUCACCGGCCGUCUGGUGUCACCUGAUCACAUCGACCUGUUUAAGAACAACAACCUCAUGUGGGAGGUAUUUAACGAGGACGGCACUGUGCGCUACUUCAUCGAUGCCAGUCAGGAGGACCAGAGGAGCUGGAUGACCUACAUCAAGUGUGCGCGCAACGAACAAGAGCAGAACCUGGAGGUGGUGCAGGUCGGAUCCAGCAUCUUCUACAAGGCUGUGGAGACGAUCCCUCCAGACCAGGAGCUGUUGGUGUGGUACGGGAACUCCCACAACACUUUCCUUGGAAUCCCAGGCAUCCCAGGAGGAGACGAAGACCAUAGUAAGAAGAGCAAGAGCGAUGAGUUCCACAUAGACCCGACGGGCCCUGGCCCUGCCCCUCUCCCGGCCUCUGUUCUCAGUGUGGGCCGGAUGCGCUGUGUGAUCUGUCACCGGGGUUUUAACUCGCGCUCAAACCUGCGCUCGCACAUGCGCAUUCACACACUGGACAAACCUUUCGUCUGCAGAUUCUGCAACCGGCGAUUCAGUCAGUCCUCCACGCUGCGCAACCAUGUUCGACUGCACACGGGAGAGAGGCCCUACAAGUGUGUGGUGUGCCAGUCCGCCUACUCCCAGCUCGCAGGGCUCCGGGCGCAUCAGAAGAGUGCGCGUCACCGUCCCACCUCAGAGGGGGGCCAGGGUGUGCAUCUGGGUCCUGCAGGAGUGCAUGUGGGUCCCACAGGCGUGCAUGUGAGUGGCCAUGUGAGCCACAGCACCCCUCCACCUCCUCCACAUGCCGCUGUGCUGGCUCACCACAUACCCACCAUGGUCCUGUAG